GACCCCUAGUGGAUUACUUAAUCUUAGCCUGUUUGCUAGCGACUAAAAGGGAGGAAAGGGUUAUACGUCACGAUAGCCGUUUGAGUAGCUAUACUUUUGGAGAUCCGAAAGUGUUUUAUAAAUCUGUAGCUUUUGAGUGUAAACACAAUGUAAGUGGAGAAUUCUCACACCUAACCUGUGACGGGUCACAGUCAAAACACAGGUGCACUAAAAAUUACCGUACAAAAUACAAAACUAAAUUCAGGAUACGUUUAUAUGUGAAGCGUUAAUGGAUUUAGACUUGGAUCCAUUCCCAAAAUAUCUGACUCUAUGCAUUAAACAUUAGAAAAUCCCAAACACUUCUGUCCCAAGCAUUGCAGUAAAGAAUAUGCAACAUCUAAUUCUUAAGAAUCGCUGGAAAGGUUCCAGAAGCAUUCAAGGGGCUGGGGAAGUUCCUGGGCUGGUAAGGUACCUAGCAUGCACAAAAGCCUUAGUUCAGUUCCGAGCGCGGAAUGAACAGGCCUAGCAGUACCAGAAGCACUUAGUGGCGACUGUGUCGAACACUCACUGGGCCUGCGUCCUUGGCUGUGGGCUAGUGUGGAGGUAAAUCUUUCCUGGAGCAGCUGCUAUCCCACUGUGAGCCACAUGGUGUCAGUACUGAUCCUCUCCCGAGUUUCCACUGAGUGCAAAGUGUCUACAGUAUCUCACUUCAAUUAAAGCCUCUCUCCACUGGCCAGGGAAAAUGGCCCGGUCCCUAACUCCAAAGGGACAAAUACAGUCUCCAAAGAGCAGGACUCCACAUUCUGUCUCCUAUUAAGAUUUGUUUUCUUUGUGCAUUUGUUUUAUUUCAUACUUUCUUUCUUUUGAGGUCGGGUCUCUCUCCUGGACCUGGCUUUGAACGUUCUCUAUAACCAAGGAUAACUUGGAACUCCAUCCUCCUGCUUCUGUUUCCCAAGUGCUGGUAUUGCGAGCGUGUGGCGUCUCUCUGGGUUACAGUAACCCAGCUUUCGAGUCUCCGCUCUUCAGGGAAACCUUACAGGGAACUGUGACUUUCUUAGCUCCUAGCUCAAAGGGCAGAAUGAGGGCUGGAUUUCCUCCCUUCUUGUGCCUCUGCCUGUGCUCAGCAGAGGCUUCCACACCAUACCUUUUCCUUUCUCCUCCAGCCUUGGAAAAAACAUCUACUUUCCAGGCACGUGGAGAGCUCCAAAACCUUAGCACAGAACUGUAAAAGCUUCAGGGGAGAAGGGAAGCGCCACUUACCUUGAUCGGAUCAUCGUAACACAGGGCAUAUAAACACUGGGUUGUUCCACACCCCAUCGCCAUAUAUAAAUUUUACCUUGACUUAAAAUGAAAACUUUUAGGAGGUGCCCAGAGAUAGCCAGGCAUGCUCUUCUCCUUUUCCUCCACUGAGACUUGUCCCUGAUGUCAUAACUGGCUAACUAUGACACCUUACCACGGGGAGAGCUAAGUGCCUCACAGAGAAGCCAAGGUGUCUCACUUUUGAAGUUAGACUAGAAGAUGAACAAUUCCCUGGAUUAUCUGGCCUAUCCCGUAAUAGUCUCUAAUCACAGGCAAAGCACAAACUUCAGGAAGAAACUGGACUUUGGCCACUACAUAUUGCACAAAAAUAGAGUUCAAAUAGUGAAGCCUGCCGUGGAUACCAGUCCUCCAAUGGCGCACACACAUUAUAUUUUAAAACUGAGCAAACUCCAGGGUGAACAAAAGAGAAUCGACAAAAUUGAAUAUGAAAAUAAACAAUUAUGUCAGAAAAUUGCGAACGCCCAUCGAGGCCCUGCCAAGGUGGACUGCUGGAAUGAGUAUCUUUCAAGAAGAAUUCAAGGCGAUAUAUCAGAAACACAACACGAUAUCUUCUCUUCCAAGAAGAAUAGCAAAACCUCGCUGUCCAGAUGACACCUGCCCCGGGGAGCCCCAUCCUCUCUACUCCCACAGAUCUCCUAACAGCUGUGAACUUACCUUGUCCUAGGAGGAGGGAAGGUACUUCAAUACCUAUAAUCCACACCCAGUUACCCCCUCAUCUGGUAAUUGGCUAAAAAUAUGGAGUAAGCAGAAAA